GCAAAGUUUAUAUCUUGGAAUCCAUACCUUCUGUGUUUAAUUCCACUUCCCAAACUCUCGCCUCAUUCAGUAUGAAUCGUCAGAUUUUUUACAACGGACCCCUAUCACAAAUUUGCACUGUCCCUUUCCCCCAGACUUUCCCACCUUGCAAUUCCAUAUCUUUAUUUCUAUCUGGCCCCUUGAAUCAUCCCCUGCCUCCAAAACCUCCUACUUCUAAGUACUUUUUCCAUGCAUACUCUCUACAUGACCGUGAUCUUGUAACCCCGCGUGACAGCACCACAUCUCAACAUAAUGAGCGCGGCGAAUGCGUUCCCGUCAACGAUGAGCCUGAGUUCCCUUCAGACUAUCAAAUUGGAGUGCUUGACAGUCCCAUGGCAGAGAACAUUAUCUCACUGCCAAGUGAAGAUACGCUCCAGGGUCUUGGAAGUGACUGCGAAGUGAUGAGCAGCUUCAGCGUUGAUAUUGCUGAUCUGCCCCGCCCAGGUACCUUCUUGCUUGCGCAGAAUCACGACUCAUGUGGAUGUAAGUCGUUAGUGUCGCCGAAGUGCGCUGAUGAUGGGAUAUAUUGCGCCGACGUUGACCCAGCGUCAGAAGCUCCUGAGACACCGCCUUGCACUUCUGAAAGUUCUGGCGGUAAUAGUAUAAGUGACAACGAUGGUGACGGUCUCAUGAGGCAUUUGACUGAACAUGCUACCUUAAGCAGCAUGUGCAUCAAGAGGCCAGCAGUCGCUGCUUUGGACAUGGAUGAGAAUGCAAACGUUAGAGCUGAAGCAUCUGAAGCAUCUAGUUCAUUGCCCACCCCCUGUAGUUCUUGGCGUUAUUCAGCGGCCGAAGAUGAGAGGGAGUUCGGUCUGCUCUUUGCUAAGAGGACUUUGCGGUCACUGCAGAUGCGUUGGUUGAGAACGCAGAAGCUUACAGCUCCUUGGACUAGAUGCUUGAAGCGCAAGAAGUCUUCCCGGCCGUAA